AUGAUAGGAGAGGUCCAAUAUGGGGGACGAGUUACGGAUGACUACGACAAACGUUUGCUCAACACAUAUGCUCGAGUAUGGUUCUCGGAAAAUAUGUUUGGUGAUGCCUUUGAGUUCUACAAGGGCUACAAAAUUCCUCGCUGCCGGACUUUAGAGGAUUAUCGCAGCAAGAUUGAUACUUUACCUCUUGUCGAUUCACCUGAAUGCUUUGGCCUCCAUUCAAAUGCUGAUAUAACUUAUCAAACAAACAACACAGAUGCCAUGCUCUCCACCAUAGUAAAUAUACAGCCCAAGGACAGUGGCGGAGGAGGUGGAGAAACAAGAGAGUCUGUGGUAUAUCGAUUGGCGGAAGAUAUGCUGCAAAAGCUUCCCCAAGACUACAAUCCAUAUGAGGUAAGGGGGCUGAGAGAACUAUUUAUUUACUCAUUAAUAAGUUCGAACUAUUGCAGCUGA